CUAGAAAUCAUGACAACCUCAGGAAAAGAGAACUUUCGAUUGAAGAGCUACAAGAACAAGUCUCUAAAUCCUGAUGAGAUGCGUCGUAGACGGGAGGAAGAGGGCCUUCAGCUGCGGAAGCAGAAACGGGAAGAACAGCAGUCUAGCCAGUCCUGUCGGAUGAGCAUGGGUGAGCCUGCUGCAGAGGAAGAAACCUCAGGUGCUGCCAUUGCAGUCUUCAUAGCCUCACUGUCUGAACCAGAUACGGAGGAGAAAGAAGAGGACUCAGGAUGACAUGUUCCAGGAGAUCCUGCAAACCAGUGCUGCUACAAACAAUGAGCAAGGAGCCUGCAGGAUGAACACUGGGGACAACCUAAAGAAGGGAAGAGAAGAGAGUUAUUUAAGCGCAGAAAUGUUGCUACAGCUGAAGAAGAAGCAGAGGAAGAAGUGAUGUCAGAUGGAGUUUUUCAUGAAUCUCAACUGAACAACAUGGAGAUGUCUUCUAGUGCCGUCAUCACCUCUGAUAUGAUUGAGAUGAUUUUCUCCAAUAGCCCAGAACAGCAGCUCUCAGCCACUCAGAAAUUCCGGAAGUUACUUUCAAAAGAACCUAAUCCCCCAAUAGAUGAAGUGAUCAGCACACCAGGAGUGGUGGCCAGGUUUGUGGAGUUCCUCAAACGAAAAGAAAAUUGUACAUUACAGUUUGAAGCUGCUUGGGUGCUGACAAACAUUGCCUCGGGAAAUUCCCUUCAAACUCAAAUUGUGAUUCAAGCAGGAGCUGUUCCUAUCUUUAUAGAGCUUCUCAGCUCAGAAUUUGAAGAUGUACAAGAGCAGGCAGUCUGGGCGCUUGGCAAUAUUGCUGGAGACAGUACCAUGUGCAGAGACUAUGUGUUGGACUGCAACAUCCUACCCACUCUGUUGCAAUUACUUUCAAAACAGAACCGUCUCACCAUGACCCGAAACGCUGUGUGGGCUUUGUCGAACCUCUGCAGAGGGAAGAAUCCUCCUCCAGAGUUUGCCAAGGUUGCACCCUGUCUGAGUGUGCUGUCCUGGCUGCUAUUUGUCAAUGACACAGAUGUACUAGCUGACGCCUGCUGGGCCCUGUCGUAUUUGUCUGAUGGGCCUAAUGAUAAAAUCCAAGCUGUGAUUGAUGCAGGAGUGUGCAGAAGACUUGUGGAGCUGCUGAUGCACAGUGACUACAAAGUGGUAUCUCCUGCCUUACGAGCAGUUGGGAACAUUGUAACAGGGGAUGAUAUCCAGACCCAGGUAAUUCUGAAUUGCUCAGCUCUGCAGAGUUUAUUACACUUGCUGAGCAGCCCUAAGGAAUCUAUCAAAAAGGAGUCAUGCUGGACAAUAUCCAACAUUACAGCUGGAAACAGAGCCCAGAUCCAGACUGUCAUAGAUGCCCACAUUUUCCCAGCCCUCAUAAAUAUUUUGCAAACAGCUGAAUUUCGGACAAGGAAAGAAGCUGCUUGGGCAAUAACAAAUGCAACAUCUGGAGGCUCUGCUGAACAGAUCAAAUAUUUGGUAGACCUAGGAUGUAUCAAACCGCUGUGUGACCUCCUUACAGUGAUGGACUCAAAGAUUGUACAAGUGGCAUUGAAUGGACUGGAGAACAUCCUGAGGCUUGGAGAGCAGGAAGCCAAGCGCAGUGGCACUGGCAUUAACCCCUACUGUGCUCUUAUUGAAGAAGCAUACGGCCUGGAUAAGAUUGAAUUCUUGCAGAGUCACGAGAACCAGGAUAUCUAUCAGAAGGCCUUUGAUUUGAUUGAGCACUACUUUGGGUCAGAGGAUGAAGACAGCAGUAUUGUCCCACAAGUGGAUCUCAGCCAGCAACAAUACAUCUUCCAGCAGCGUGAGGCUCCCAUGGAAGGCUUCCAGCUCUGAGGUGCCCCAUGCUACCUAUUUCUCUACCCACACAGUUCUCAUGUAAAGCCUUCAGUCACCCGUGGAGUGAUUUCAAUGUUUUCCAUAGCCAUGACUGAUCCUGUCUACCUUUCCUUCCCACAUGCUUCCCUGGGUGCCUCCUUGGAUGCCUUUGUGAGCUGUGUUCAGUCCUAACACACAAUAUAUCUGAUUUUGCUUUAUGCGCCAGCCUGGGCCAUUGGCAUAUGGAACACAUCACAGAUAUUGGAGUAAACUCUGUCCCCUGCAUCUACAGCUUCCAAAGGACAAGCUUUCUAGUUACUAGGUACACUGAAUGCAACUGAACCUGUCCAUUAAAAAACUGAGCUCCCAAACUGGACUCCUCAAACCACUUCAGAGAUUUGAACUCUCCACCCAAAAAGGACCUGAGCAGGUCACCUCUCCAAAAGCCACUUUUGUAUCUGGCUUCUAGAAUGAAAAAACUACCACGCUGCCCCAUCCCUUUCACAAUGUGGCCUCUUCAUUGAAAUGAAGUCGAACCCUUCCUGACUUCAUACGCCUGAGUCUGGUCCUCACUAGCUUAGUCACAGGUGAUCUAUCCCUGCUCCCACAUACACACACACACACACACACUUUUACAUUUUUCUAUGCAGCUUAACUUGAACUGGUUUCUGUUCUGUAAAUCACUUUUUGAUGUAAAACUUGAGUGUGCUAAACUGUGAGCACGAGGAGGACUCUGUAGUGUUAGCUCUCCUGACUACUUUCAACCACAUGAAAGAGAGCUUCCUGUCGGCCCACCUUGCAAAAUAGAGCCCUCCUGAUCAAGGUCUGGUUAACAAAUAUACUGUGAUAUUCCAUUCCAGCCUUCCAUUUCCCCCUCACUGGUCUAAUGACCCCAGAUGAAUUAGCAUGGAAUAAAUGGUUCCUGCAGGCCACGUUUGUAAAGCAUUGCUGAGAGUGAGACAGCUGCUCCACAACCUGCUUGGACCACGAUGCAUCUGACGCAAAUUCAGUUUCUGAAUGUAAUGGAUUCUUCGGGCUAUCUGCUCCCUCCUGCGUUGGGCUACAUGCUCUCAAGCCAUCUCGGACCUUUGGAAUACAUAUUUACCCCAAAGUAAAUAUUUCAAAAGUUGUCCCUACUACAGUGUCAUCUAUCUAUGGAAAUUCCUAUUGGCAGAACUAUCGACAAGAUCUUAUAGCUUCAUUCACUGACAAAUCACUGCAAGAGCUUCAACUAGUCACAGGACAUAGGCUUAAAAAAGUGUUUAUCAAACUGCUAAAGGACCUAAGCAUCAGCUUUGUGAGACCCUUUCUUUACACACAGUCUUCAUUUGAGCCUAUGCUUUUGGAUGGAACUGACCCUAUGUGGGCAUGGAAGAAAGCUGCCUCUUGCCUCCCUUUCUAAUCCACUCAACCUCCAUCUUGUGUUAUUUUCUCUAGUGCUGCUGUGUGCUCAAAGAAUAUUUAGUUUACUGAACUUGACCUGUAAAUUGACUUUAAUUCUUUGUAACUUCAGAGAUUAAAUUAGGUGAUUAAUUUAAAAACAAAACAAAAACCCUCAAUGUUGCCUUUACAUCAUCUGAUAAAUAAUAACUGUUUCUCUUUCUUGAAGAGUAACUUGAACUGUUUCUCUUUCUAGAAGCACUGAUUAGUAGCAAAAUCUUUUGUUAUUUGGACUUCAUGUGCUAGAUUUUAAGUGUAAAUUAACAAUAACAUGUCAUCUCUAUAGAAUUUGUUUAAAAUCAUGUACCUUUUCUUGGAUGGUAUGAAAAUGCUACAUAUUUUGUAAACAAAUCUAGGAAAAGUGUGUGUGUAUACAUAUUGUGUAUAUAUAGAUGUAUUAUUCUGUAUAUAUAUACACACACACACACACAUACACACACACACAGUGUGUGUUUUCUCCCCCAGGCUAGUAAAAACAAUGUGGUGCAUUGUUGUAUACCCUCCCUAAGGAAAUGACAGUUUCCUUUAAAUAAGUGAAUUAAACAAAAGUCAUUUAAA